AUGAACAACAACGAGGAAAAGGCAUAUAGUUAUCCGCAAGUCAUUCCGAUGUCGUUGCCGUCGUCGGAGGAUGCGGUUCCCAAAAUUGAAGGGCACCGCGCUAGCUCUAAAUACAUCUACAAAGGCAUCUGCGUACCUUCCUCCCAAAAAAAGAUCCUCCUGAAGCUCGGUACCAUCGUUUAUACCGCCCUGGAUUACAACCUUCCAUUGAAUGCGACCUGUCAUAUGUCCCACGAGCUGGAACAACUGAUCGAGUUCAUGACGGCAGAAGACAACGAUGACGAAGGUAUCGAGCACGACUCGGAGGAAUCGAUCACGGACGAGGACGAAGCAAUGGUGGCCGAUCACGAACAGAACGACGAUGACGACGACUUGGAUCCGAACAUCCAAGACUCGGACGAUGGCCACGUCGAGCUAGACGAGCUAGCUUCGGAUGAGUUAGACAAAGCGGUGGAGGAUCGACUUCGGGAUUCGGAAGUCCGAUUACGACGACACACCAAUCACAAUCGGUCCCGCUUCGCAAACUUUCAUCAAACCCAUCUGAACGGUCUGAAUUCCUACCACCAUCGCCAUGGUUGUAAAAACCUGCUGAACAAUCACCGACAAUGCAAUGGGGAUAGUGGCGGAUGUGGGAUUGGCAGGCGAGGGAGUGGACCUGGCGAGGAUAAUCUCUGUCCCAGCAGUAGGAGUAGCAAGAAAAAAUCUCAUCGUAAAACCAAAGAACUGGAUCGGGUGCUUUCGUUCUGCACCUCCCGCGUGUCCCACCCGAAGCCGGAAGAUCACUAUCGGGCCGUGUGCCGAGCCCUCGCUGCCGAAACCCUGGAGCUACGAACCUUCCUUCGGCGGGUGUACGAAGGCGAUGCCGAAGUGCUGCGACUCAAAGCGCAGGCCGAAACUUCCGGCAAGGAGCUGGAAAAGAUCCACUUUAACGACUGGCUGGACGAAUCCAUGAUUUGGCAAGCGAUACAAGCUCGAUUUUGGAUGCAAGUGGUCGAGGAGCUGCGAGAGGGCGUGCGGUUGAAAAAGAUCAACUAUUCCCGGACCCCGAUCGAGUACGAGCUGACGCCGUACGAAAUUCUGAUGGAGGAUAUCCGGUGCAGAAAGUACAAUCUUCGCAAGGUGAUGGUGAACGGUGACAUACCGCCGCGGGUGAAAAAAGAUGCCCACGCCGUCAUUUUGGAGUUCAUUCGAUCAAGGCCGCCCCUGCGGAAGGCUUCGGAACGGAAGCUCGCACCUCAACCCUUGAGACGGGUGACCUGUCCCCGGGAGCAACUGCUCGAUUCCAUCCGAAAAGGACGAGUACUCAAGCCGGUGCAUUCGAAGCUGAAAUCAAGACUUUUACCAAGCACCCAACUAGAUAGUGAUAGGAAAUUAUGUGAUGAGGUGGGAACCAGCAGCAGUGGACCAGCUUCCAGCAGUAGUAUCGGCAGCGGCAGCACCAGUUCGGGGCCGGCAUCCAUGACACCCAGAUCGUCGGCUGCCACCAACAUAUCCGGCUCGAUGGCGGCCACCGGAACCAGUGGCAUGGCUUCGUCGCUGAAUGCGAGAUCUUCCAGCUCCCUGAUGUACUCCAACUCGCCCCGCAACACUCUAAGACUGAUACCGGUGGACUUUUCACUGUUUGAGGAUGACGAUUUUAUCAUCGACACGGCACCGAACGGCGAUACCACGAUGACAAUGACGAACGGCGGUGGCGGCAGUUCCGGUUCAUGGGGAGCGAACGGAACCUCCGGUUCCGGUGUAGGACGAUACGCAACCCUCGCGACGGUCGGCAAGCGCAAUAGCGGCGCUUCGGGAACUGGCAGCAUCAACAAUGAAAACAACCAAAACAAUAUCAACACCGUACUAAAGCGUACAAAAAACAUCAUAACACACGACGAGUACCAUAGGUUCUGUGAUAAAGCACUAGAAACAUACGACCUGGCAACACAGUGCGAAUCGCGUAGGGCUUCAAUGCGACGGCAUACCAUAAUAGGUUGCAACCAGAAUUACAAACUUGACCAUCUGAACAGUCACUCGAUGCCACCGUCGAGACCUUCCUCCCGACAAUCGGAUCACAAUAGCCAAAGUCAGCAGACGCAGUCUCAACAACAACAACAUCAGAACCAACAGCAACAGCCAAAUCCGGCCAGUGUUGCCAGCACCAACGGAAGUACAAGCCGGCUGACAGCAGUGGGACCCGGGGAUUUGGUCGGCGGAAGUAAUCUUUCCUCGCUGGAUACCUGGACUAAAAAUUCGCUAGACGAGCACCAGUGGAAGAACACUUUCAACCUGAACGAUCGACUCUCGCUAACGUUGGAGGAGAUUGUCCAUAUUCGCUCGGUCAUGACCAAAGCCGAACUGGAGGGACUUCCGGUUGACAUCCACAUCAAGGAGGAUGUCGAAAAGCGGAAGGUGUGCUUCCUGUGUUUACGGACUCGUUUCACACUGUUUGCGAGAGGAAUUCUGUGCAAACUCUGCCAACGGACAGUUUGUAAUAAAUGUAACCAAAAGAUGCGAAUACCGACCGAACAUUUCCGUAAUGUUCCGGUGGUGCUCCUGUCCCCAUCGUUGAUGAGCAGCCCAUGCACCUCGAAUACUCCCUCACCAAGCCAUCAUGCGGCACACCACGGUUCCGGACCGCACAGCAUGAUGGACGAAUCGUUUCCACGAUCGCUAAUGGAGCGGCUUCUACGACCCGAGUUAGACCGAAAGACUCGCAACACCGUCGGAAGUGCCCCGUCGUCACCAAAGAAUCAACGCUCGGCGUCCAGCACCCCGGGCACCAGCCUGCAGGGUGAGCCCCUGUCACUUCCGAUGGCAUCGCAGCCGCAUUCCGCGAUCGUGGCUGCUGCCGCCAACGGUGCCAAAGAAUACAACAGUAGCAAUAGCAACGGAGCAGUGUCCAGUAAUGGGGGUCCAAAGAGUGGUCCGAACUCCAUCAUGUCCCGCAGCAUGGAGGGUCCGCACAGUUUACCGCCGGCCAGUCCGGCACGGCCUCACUCGAACAGUAGUACACUGGAUCGGAGUGCUUCCAGGAACCGAUUCGCCAAAGCGUUCACCCUGUCAGCGGCCGCAGCAGCCGGUGGUGGAUCCGGAAGUGGCCCAGUCAGCGGAACCAGCGGCUUCGAUCCGCAGAAGGAACGACUUACCGGGGAGCUGAUGGCCGUGUGCAACGACUGCCGAUCGCUGGUGCUCGAAAUCAUCCGGUCCUCGCGGCAAACGCGAUCCUCGGCCCAAAACCAGGCACUCCGGAAUUUGACCCUGGAUCUGUCCCCGGUGUACAAGCGCUAGAUUAGUCUUCUUCCCUCAUCCAUCCCCAACUAGAGAGCAACAGCCCCAAUGUCACAAAACGCUCUGUACAGGAACAGUUGUUUCCAGGGUUUGUGCGUGUUAUAGUAUCCUGAUUUUUUUUCUUGGAUCUAUGGAUUUUGGAAAUAUGAGGUAACAUCUAUUGUUUUAACGAGAAUUAUCCAAAGCAAAACAGAGUGCACUGAAACAUUUGUUAAAUGCUCUGGAAUCAGAGUGUGAAAAAUGAGUGAAAAAUCAAAUUUGACUUCACUAGGAAAUUGUAAAAAGUACCAUAUUGAAUUGUAAUUAUUAUUCUUGUAGUUAAGUUGGAUCUAUACAUUCAUUCUUUGGCAGCAGUUUUACAGAGCUGCUAGAGAUCUUUUUAGGAAGUUCUUUUCAUUUGUACUGUUUUGAUAGAUUGAAAUCGAGAAUUCGCUAACAUCGAAUGCUGGAAGUCUGUUCGAGAUUUCAUCAGCGGCGUUAAAAAAGAGUCUCACGAAAAGAAUAUCUGCUAUUCUGUAUCGAGAAAGUUUUAAGCUCAAAAUUGGAUUCGAAAUUGUUUGAAGUUUAUUCUUAAUUUUAUGCCUGUUUCUUGAAUUUGAUUUUUCACUGUCGCACAAAUCUCGCGCGGUUUAGUGUAGGCUCCAGUUCAAAAACGAUCCGAUAAGGUUGUUGAACCACGAAGUUCGCCCAUCUAUGUAUGUAAACUGAACAGAAAACAAUAAGCAUUAUGUUCACAUACCAAAUAACUCAUAAGAAAAUUCUCUUACUAAACAUCCAAUGGUAAACGCUUAUUAGCAGAUCAGAAGAAGAAAGUAACACAAAAAGCACCUUAUCGAAAAAAGAAUUUUAGUCAAAAGGUUUGUUGUUUGUUGUUGGUUGAACUUUAUAGGGAAGAAGGUUAUCUGGCAUGUGAAACUGGAUCUUUCGAAGGUAUAUGAAAUAAAACACUUUAACCAAAUUAGUAAUAACCGUGACUUGUUGAGAAGAAGGAAGAAAUAGAUAUCUAGACAAACAAAUGCAUUCACCUGAUCGAUAACUGUACACACGUUUCGCUUAUUGGAUGCUUUACUUGGCACUUUUUAAUCAAACUCCUUCAUCGAUUAGUUAAAAGCCAUAAGAGUUAAAUUUUCAAGUGAUUAGCACAUUUUUAUCUAUAAAGUUUCCAGGACAUCUCCAGUUUAGUAUACUCAAAAACCUAACAUAAAAAAUGUCUCAAGCUAUCAAAAUUCAAAGUUAUUUCCAGUUUGAUAGAUUUUUUGUAGAAAUGCACAUUUAGGAAAAAAAUAAAAGUGUUUUAUUUCCUCGGAGGCAUCGACCUCAAAUCGACUGAUAGAUACCUUUUUGGUUUUCGGAAUGAGAUAAUCAUUUUUAAAUGAUGAAAUUGACCAUGUAAAAUCAUAUCCAUCUACCAAGACCCCCUUUCUCUCAAGAGAAUAAUCAUUUUUGAAGAAAAAAUCUAUAUCUGUAGAGUGCUAAGUUUCCCGGUAAAGUUCUACAGUAAGAAAUUGUUUGUACUCCAAUUCCAAUCAUCCGACAAUAUUCAUAACCUGAACCGAACAUACACCCAAACGAUACUCAUACAAUUAAGAAAGGCAAGCAGGCGUAAUGUGGAACAAUAGUAUACUAGACAUUUGGGUUUUCAACUAUUCAAUCUUAACAGAGCCCUUUAUUUUCACCAAGAGAAAACAACAGCAAUCUUUUAAGUUUUAGCUUUAGAUUCCCACCUCGAAAACGGAAAUCAACAAUUAUUUUCCUGUUGUGCUGCAGUCAAUCUUUUACUACAACAACUCAUUCACACAAAUCGAACCGAGGCAGACAACUUCAGCUGAACGAUUGUGAGAAUGAAACACACAAAUAUUAGUUCUAUUAAUAUUUACCUACCUACUGUAGCGAGUUAAAUUUAGCCAAUUUAGCGCACCGAAAAUAAACACUAACAAAAAACAAUCCUAAGCCCCCUAAUAAAUCGUGAGUAACUGUAUUGAUGAAAAUUUAAGAAAAAAAAACUUAAACCCUAUAGUUUACCUCCAUGAAGAAACUCAUUUGUGUAAAUUUGCAGUUUUAAAACAUAGAUUAAUAUAUAUCAAAGAGCUGUUAAAUUGAUUAAAUUAUCA